ACAGGUCCAACUUUUUUUAUUCCUUUUAAUUAAUUACUGGCAAAUAUGGUAUUUGAUCUGGCAAAGCAGAUUAAAGAAAGAAAGCUUGAAGGUUUCUCCUUCAAAUCUUCUGUUAUUUUCUUCCUUGUAAGAUGCAGAUUUUAAGGUGGGGGAGAAUCAAUAUUAAAUACAUAUGGCUCUGUCAGUAACCUUUCAUUUUAAUUUCUCCAUGUUUUGUUGAGUUUUAUAUUAUUUCUGUCCAAAGCACCUACCUUGUCCUGCCUUUAAUCUCUUCAUUUCCUCUUGGUUCAAGCCACAACCACACAAUGAUUUAAUUAUUUCUCCUAACUCUACUCAAGAUCUCUCUCUUUCUCCUUUUUUUCAUAUAACCCAGCUGCAGUUUUUCUUUUUCUGUUCAGAAAUUGUAUAAAGUUGGUUUUUUUACAAUGAGAGACUUUGUUUCUUGUUUUGGUGAAAGUGCUGUAAAUGUCUCCCAUUCUUCUUGUUCUAGUUACUCCAGCAAUCCCUGCAUCUCCCCAAGUCUUGUUCCUUCUGUUCAAAAUGCAGUCACUUGUCUUUACAAAAUCAUCCUCUCAAAUACAAACCAUCUCUUCAUUACUGUAACUUGGUGUAGAAGCCCCAUUACAGGUCAAGGUUUGAGCAUAAACUUUGGUGAUGAAACUUCUGCAUCGUUCAAACUCAACACAAGUUCACGCUUCUUCAGGAAGAAGAAAGGCAACAAAGUGAUAGAAUCCACCUCUUCAAAGAUCGAAGUUUUCUGGGAUCUUUCAGCUGCUAAAUAUGAAACUGGACCUGAACCUGUUGAAGGGUUUUACAUUGUGGUGAUGAUUGACUCAGAAAUUGGCCUUAUUUUAGGCAAUUUGGGUGAAGAAAUUGUCACCAAGAAGUUGAAGAACAGCUCUCCAGUGGCUAAAGUGUCUCUCAUUACAAGACAAGAACAUUGUUCAGGCAAUACCCUUUAUUCCACCAAGGCUAAAUUCUGUGACACAGGCAGUGCACAUGAUAUUGAGGUAAAAUGCAGUGGAGACAAUGAAGGUUUAAAGCAUCCAGUUUUAUCUGUGUGUAUAGAUAAGAAGAUGGUGAUUCGUGUAAAGAGGCUGCAAUGGAAUUUCAGAGGAAAUCAAACAAUUUUUGUUGAUGGAUUGCUUGUUGAUCUGAUGUGGGAUGUCCAUGAUUGGUUCUUCAACCCUGCAAAUGGUUAUGCAGUGUUCAUGUUUCGAACAAGAAGCGGAUUGGAUAGCAGGCUCUGGCUGGAAGAAAACUUGCUGCGGAAACAGCAAGAGAGUAUUGAAUUCUCGUUGUUGAUCUAUGCCUGCAAGAGCCCUUAAAGAAACUGACUCCUUCUUGGUGGUUUUUUUUUUUUUUUAAUUUUUAGAGUAUACUUUUCCUUUUUAUAUUUUUUGUUGAAAGGUUUAGAUACGUGAUUCUUUUGAUGAACAGAAAAUAACUUGGAGUGCAAAAUGCUAGUUGUUAAGAUGCAGCAGAAAUAUGAAUUUAAGAUUCAACACA